AUGGUUGGGCCAACUACCAAGAGCAGUGCUGAUAAUCCAUCAUGGGAGGAUUUGAAGGACGUUAUCCGCACAAUGUAUCUAGUGGAAGACAAGAGCCUUGGUGAAGUCAAGAACAAGUUGGCAAAGGACUAUGGUUUCGAGACUACCAAAGCUCAACUCGAACUUUAUUUCAAGAAAUGGGACUUUCGGAAGAACUUGUCCAGUGAAGAAUGGAUUGCUGUGGCUCACAAGAUAACAAAACGGAAAAGAGACGAGAAGGAAAGUGAAUUCAAAUCGGUGGUCAACAUCCAAGCACACACUCUCCUGCACAAUCCCGGGAGUGUUGAAACAACAUCAGCGACUAAUACAGACGAUUUCCAGGCGAGCAUCGUUGAGCACUUUGGAGAGCGUAUUGGCAAAAAUGAUCGCUCAUCAGCAUUUCAUCGAAAUCUCAAAGCAGCGUUGCCCAGAUAUGUUGUCAAUGGUCAUGCUGCAGACCUACAGACCACUCGAACAUCAAGUAAUUCAUUGCAUGCGGUUGACUUUCUUAAUCUGACUCUGUUCAUAUUCUCAAACAACCUUCUAAGACCGGACUUCGACACGAGCAGCAAGGCCUACGAAUGGAUUAAGCGCCACUCCACUGCAUGUCUAAUCGAAUAUCUUCUCUCCAUCAAUGAACCCACGGUCGAAGCCCUCGCAGAGCAAAUUUUUGCCCUCGCAAUCAGGAUGAAAGACGCCAAUAUAGUCCAAAAGAUAUUGGAUUCUGGCCUUAACCCAAACGAGCUCCGAUGCAUUGACGAAUCGGGCCAGCAGAUCACCCCACUGCAACGCGCGUGCCAAUUCCCUAAUGCUGAUAUCGUUCGAGUGUUAUUGGAUGCAGGGGCAGAUGUCAAUUUAUGCCUGUCCAAUUAUUGUUCCCCCUUAGCCAUUGCCAUUGCUCACUUCGAUGACCGUGGAAACUAUAUGGACCAUGUUGGGAUCGAACUGGUGCAGCUUCUACUACGUGCGGGCGCAAAUGUCAAUCCUGCUGUGGGCUCAUCCCCACUUAUCGAAGCCGCGGCAAACGCUCAUUUGGAACUUGUAUCUGUCCUUCUUGCUGCCGGUGCAGACCCGAACUUCUCGGAGGAACAUACUGGCAUGACUCCGCUUCACUAUGUAUGCAUAAGUAAUGGACCUGUGUGCGAUACCAUCGAUAUAGCCCGCCAGUUGCUUCAGGCUGGUGCUAAUGCAUCUGCUGAAUGUUCCUCCUCGUACGACGAUGAGCGAACGUCGGUGCUGGAACAAUCAACCCAUCCCACUAAAGCCGAGUUGAUCAAAUUGCUAUUGGACAGAGGAGCACUAGUCACCGAACGUGCAUUGAUCCUUGCCGUGGAGACAGACAACUUGGAUAUUGUCAAACUCUUCCUUAGUCAUGAGGCUCCCCUUACGAAAAAGGUAAUUGAAAACGCUACAAGUUGCGGUGAACCUGAGAUCUUUUGGUUUCUGCUAGACUCGGCGAAAAUUGGGGUAAGAAAAGAGCUCCAGCGUGCAGCGUUUGUUGCAGCCAUACACCACAAUAAUAAAGCUCUUAUCAAUGCCUUAUCUAAAUCUGAUCUCAAGCUUCGAAAAACGGGCGAACUCAGAGCUGCAAUCAAGGCUGCAGCCGGAAGGGGAGAUAUCUCUGUGCUUCGCCUUCUGCUCAAUGACGGUUCACCUCACCGGUCUGUCGCUGUGGAAUUAUUGGAGGGUGCGUUGGGCUGUGCUAUUGCCAACGGACGAGUUGAAGUCACUGAUUUGCUUCUCACGGCUGGUGUGGACGUAAAUAUACCGUCAGGUGACUCACAGAGCACUCCACUUCGAGAGGCAAUAUGCAAAAGAGAUGCUGAUCUCAUCCAAAGACUCCUGGCUGCAGGAGCAGCAGUCGAUACGGAAAAGCAAUCUUUCCGAGAGAUUUACAGUCCGUUCUCUGCUUCAGUGCUACCAGAAGCAGUAUCAUGGGGCGACUACUCGUGUAUUCGAGACAUACUUGAUGCUGGUGCUGAUGUCAACGCCCUGGACCCACUCAACAACAAAACAGCAUUGAUGGUGGCGGUCGAGAAGAAUGAUUUUCCAACUAUUCAUCUCCUGAUUGACAACGGAGCUGAUGUUAACGCUUUUGCUGUUCAGGCUAUAGGAUAUACAGCUCUUGUCGCGGCCGUGGAAAACAAUGCCAUAGACAUGGCCCAGUUUCUUCUAGAUUUGGGAGCUGUUGUAAAUGAACAGGCAUUGGUGGUGGCUAUCCCGAAGAGCCAACAAAUCAUGCAAAUGCUUUUGACAAGCAAGUUAGGUCGAGCUAAGCGCUACCCCUGUGGGUUUGGCUGUCGAGCAUUACAGCAUGCCAUUGCUGGAUCAAAUGCCGGCAUGAUCCAGUUACUGCUCUUGAACAGCAUCGACCCUAACAGUAUUGUCAGACAUGGCUAUACGGUAGACCACUCUACAAGAGACGACCUGCCUAUAAGCACCUGGAUCGAUGGGUAUGGAAAAUCUGCUCUGGGGCUUGCGAUAAGACUUGACAAGAGCAAAGAUCUCUGGGUGAUAAACAUGCUUUUGCUUGGUGGUUCAAAUGUGAACAAAAUCGUGGAUGAGAGAACCGGUCAGGAUGCUCUAACGGCGGCUGUUGACGAGAGUGAUCUAAGACUUGUCGAGAAAUUAUUGAGCGUCGGAGCUGACGUGAAUUUGAGAUUGGAUGGGAGAAGGUCACGGACACCUUUGCAACUGGCAGUUGAACGGGGACUUCUAGACAUUGCAGUGACUCUGUUGGAGCAUGGGGCUGACGUGAAUGCGCCUCCAUAUGACCGGGCAACCGCCCUACAGUUUGCGGCUAUCAAGGGCUAUCUUGGAAUCGCUGUUGUCAUGGUGGAGAAGGGAGCUGACAUAAAUGCUGCACCUGCGAAAGUCGGGGGGAGAACAGCACUGGAAGGAGCAGCUGAGCAUGGUCGAAUUGAUAUGCUGCAAUUUCUUCUCAAUGCUGGCGCACAAGUCAAAGGACCAGGGAGUAGGCAGUACGAACGGGCACGGAGUUUUGCUUCAGAGAAUGGUCACAUUGCUGCUCGUCGGCUUCUUGAGAGGCACCACUCUCAGCAGCCUGAACAUCAAACAACAGGGAAAUCAGUAUUUGACUAUGAGGCCUGGGAUGUAUGGGACUGA